CUAUAUAUACCUCCACAAACCAUUCAUCAAAAUUACCACUUACAGCAAACAAUUUCUUGAGCUUCAAGUUAACGUCUCGUUGAGAAGCUCAGUUCUUCACAAGUUAGACAUAAAAUGAGCAGUGGAGAUUGGAUGUGUGCUGCAUGCCAACACAUAAAUUUCAAGAAAAGGGAUGCAUGCCAACGAUGCAGCUGCCCUAAAUAUGCAACGCAGGCUGAUGUUGCCAUGUAUGGACUAAACAAAACAGAAGUCUUAGCCGGAGACUGGUAUUGCAGUGCCAUGAACUGUGGUUCUCACAACUAUGCGAGUCGAACAAACUGCUAUAGAUGUGGUGCCUUAAAAAGCGAUUAUUAUGGUAUUGGAAUGAUGGCAUCAACAGGUUAUGGAUAUGAUGCAAGUGCCAUUCCUGGUUGGAAGAGUGGUGAUUGGAUUUGCAGCAGAUUAGGAUGUGGUGUGCACAACUAUGCAAGCAGAGCAGAAUGUUAUAAGUGCAAGACACCUAGGGAUUUUGGUGAGCCAUCUUCCAUGUGAUUCUGGAAGUAAUCAUAGAGAAAGUGAAUUAAGGGACUCAAAUAGUUAUUACUGAAGAUUUACCAGAACUCUCAUAACCUUCAAUGACUCCUCUUCUAUCUUUUUUUUCCUUCUGUUUUUAGUUUCUCUUUUCUUUUUUCUUUAGAUUAGUUUCUCAAAGAAGGGUUAAUUCCUAACUGCAUUGUAACUGUGCAAGUGUUUUAAUGAAUGAAAUCCCUUCAGAUUUUCCAUUC